AGCCAAAGCCAGAGCCAGAGCCCCUCAUUGGCCGCCACACCUCACCGCCACUUUUGACGUCAUUUCUCCGUCGUUGGAAUCUGCCGAACAGGACGUGUAAUUCUCUCGUCCUCUCUGUCUCUCUCCAUCAUCGUCCAUACCUUGUUCCAUCUCAGUCACUGCUGCUGUGGAAGUCAGGGCAGCGACCAGAAGAGUAGUGUACAUCAGAGUCACGUCCAGCUUGCCUUCACGCCGAGCUCUCGCUGACUCACAUUGCUCAAAACCCCCUUCAACUUUGUCUUACUUCGAUUCCGCGCCUGGACUCCGCCGCCAUGGCCUUUCACGGCUUACAUCCCAUGCCUACGUCGGGCAUGUACGAAGGGACUUCGGCACUGAGACGAGCCAACACGACGACGGCAGCUCAAGGAGCUGGCUCCAGAGCCAGGCCAGCAACGUCAUCUGGGGUCCUCACUUCCCCAAAAGGGAACGCUCCGUCAGGACUCGGAUCAGCGACUCCUUCAAGACCUAUGACUCCAUCUGUGGAAUCUCAGAGCUCUUUCGACUUUUCCGUACCGUCUCUUCCACCGCGUUUGGCCAACUUUGGACGGAAAAUCUCUCAAAUGAGAGAUGAAUUGAUGGAGGGUUUAGAUCCAACAACAAUUGAGAGACCUAAAACCUCUCCAAGACAAAGCACAGAUUCGACCAAAACACGAAACUCAUUACCUCCUCCUGCUGAAGAAGUCCCAGGGAUGGGUGAUGAACCUGUCAUGUGCCCAUUCUGUGAGAAACCACUUCCACCGGCUUUAUUCCACGUCCAUCAAACGCCAGUCAAGAAGCCUACAGUAUCGAGACCGAACAUCAAACGUCCGGUGACUGCGACGGGAUCAGCUGCACCUUUCGGCUUGUCCUCCACCGCUCCCAGCUCUAGGGUGAAUUCCAUCUCACUCGACUCCCCAGAAGUCAAAACGAAAAAGCUGCUCGAUCCACUCCCAUUACAGACACCCAAGACCGGGUCCAAAUCCGCUUCGAACGAUAUCAUCCGAUCGCCAGACCCAUCCGUCACGUCGGAGUCCUUGUAUCCUCAGGUGUCUGAAGGUGACAAACUAAAUCAUGCAGCGGCAGAGCUCCACAUAUCGGACGAAGAUAUACGCAGAUGGUCAAAUCUAGCUGGCAUCUCCCCUCCGACGAUCCAUCGGCAUUCCUCUGCGCCUCCAUCCACAAACGCAACGUUGGAUGUUCAGUCCAGCACCAGUCGAAAGGACUCACUGUCCGGCUCACAGACAAAACCUCCGCCUAAUGACAGACAUUCGUCGAGAGGUUCUUCGUCCAGAUUCAACUUCUUCAGAAGACCUUCCAGCAGCUUGGAGGAAGAGGACGAAAGUGAGGACGAAGGAAAAGGUCGAGGUGGAGGUUAUUCGAAACUUCUUGGCGCCGGAAGUGCCGGAAGUGAUGACGAGGGAGAUAACACUAUACAUGCCGAACCGCAGUCGAUGCACGAGGACCAAGUGGAGGAGAAGGAUGACGUCGAAGUCUUGAGGGAUGAUCCCCCGCCCUUGCCAAAUGGAAAAACGGAUGAUUCAUCCGUGCCUACCAUCACCCCAUCCCUCGAACAUCCCAAAGUCACCAGCGAUGAAUUGCGAUCCGUCUUACAAGAGGUCUUGGGAAAGAUUGGCGAGCUGACCAAAUCCCACAAUGCCCUGCUCACGUCCCAAUCGACCCUCCUCACCUCGCUGAAAAUCGCCCGGUCCAACCUCGCCAUGGCAGAAGCCAACACUGAAAUGCUAGAAGCUCAGCUUAAGCAAGCCAAAGCCGCAGCACCACCGCCACCGGCGCCCGUUCGAGCGGCGACUGGACACCCUGCUACACCGACUAUCAAUCAAGGCGCUCCCAAAGCUCCGAAUACUGCGCCGGUGGGAAGUUCGAGCAUGACUGGGGAAAAGACCAUCACAGCCACACCUCAAGCCAGCGAGCGCGGCUCGUUUGAAAGACCGAGACCAACGUCACUUCAGACUGCUCUCGCCGCGACCGAGGCCCGAGCUGGUGAGGGGGAAAAGUCCAGCUGGGGAUUCUGGAACGGAGGCAAGAAGCGUCUCACGACCAACGGGCAACAAGCACUGUCGAAUUUACCGACACCUACUGCGGAGCGAUCAAGCUUUGAUUUCGUUACGAACCCUUCUUCUGGUGGCCCUUACUCUGCCGCUUUGCCACUGUCUGCCGAGCAAACUGGUCUGCAACGAGCUUCUUCAGAGAGACCGCUAGCGCGUGGAAUCAAUGGCAAGACGAUCAGCGUCGAUGAUCUGAUCGCUGUAGGUGGACCGACGGGAACAGUGGCAUCCCCUGGAUCGUCUGCUCAGCCUGCGAGUGAGAUUUUGAGGCUGAGACAAGCCUAUUCCACUGCUCAGACGCGCAUGGAGAGCAUGUCGAAAGAGCUCACCGAGUUGAAGAAGGGCAAAGUAGAGAUGGAGGCAGAGCUAGAAAAUCUGUCUCAAGCCCUGUUUGAAGAAGCCAACAAGAUGGUGGCGGAUGAGAGGCGAAAGCGAGCCGAGAUGGAGGAUGCGUUGAAAGAGCUCAAAGCUGAAAAAGAUGCUUUGAAAUCGACGAUCAAAGUCUUGGGAGGAAACAGCGGUAGUGUCGCAAGUGGAGACGAGAGCGAUGCGACUUCGACCACUUCGAAAGACGAUAGUAUUGAUCCGGCUUUCGAACCCAGAGACUUGGACAAGCAUUAUGAAGCGCUCAGGAAAUCGAUCCACCACGUCGCGGAUGGAGUGGACGGGAUUUCCACCUCACCUUUCACCCCAAUGACUGGUAUACCCGAGUCAUCAGGGAUGCAACAUGCGAGUUCGGAUCCUGGCGCUCACACGUCGUCAUUUCAUGUCGAUCCCGAGUCACUGAGCGGAGAACAGAGCGUAUCUCAUAUGGACUCGGAGUCCGAGCCGCACGUCAAGAGCGUAGUUUCGCAUCCGGGUCUCGAAGAUGCUGUGGACGUACCACCUGCUAUACCCGAAAACGAGGUGUCCGAGUCUAGAAGAGAGUCCCAGACCGCCGAAACGUCUUCUUCUGCUGUGGUCGAAGAGGAAUCAGAACCCAAUCCAUGGGCCGAUACCGAGACACCGUCGAUCAAUCGCGGUAGCAAAGGGAUGGACUGGUCCGGGAAUCCAAAAGAUGCGAACGAGACUACACCGGGAACGAAGAAGACGCCAUCUGGUGUCGAUCAACUUGACAAGCUGAUGCAGGCGAUGAAGGCAGAGGAGGAGGAGGAGGAUGUAGACGGCGAGGCGAAGUGAAGAGAUGCCGCAUAGCACAGUGAAUCACUUUCUACGAUUAUCAUUUGCA